AUGGCUCAAGUAACAUCAACUAUUCCAAGUUUAGACCAUUUCGACUGUGGAGGCGACCCGGUUUCCGUCGGUGUGAGAUGGGAAAAAUGGAAACGCGCGCUGGAGAUAUACUUUCUGGCCGCUAAUAUUGUCGACGGUGUGGUCAAGCGGGCCACUUUACUACAUCUUGGUGGCCUUUCUUUGCAAGAUGUCUAUUACAAUUUGCCGGGUGCUCACGCCGAAGAAGCAGAGGACGUGGAUGUCUAUAAUGUGGCUAUGGAAAAAUUAGAUGCUUAUUUUUCUCCUAAGCAGAGUAGAUAUUAUGAACGCUACAUCUUUAGACUUAUGAAACAAGAUGAAGGCGAAAGGUUUGAAGCUUUUCUUGUGAGACUUCGUCAACAGGCUGACAAAUGUAAAUUUACGGCAAAGGACGAACAUUUAAUUGACCAAAUCAUUGAAAAGGGAAAUAGCUCUGAAUUGCGAAAAAAGAUUUUGUCGGCCGGCGAUAGUGUCACUUUACACCAAGUGAUCACUAUAGCUACCACACUGGAGACUGUCAAUAGGCAACUAGACACGUUUGGGAAAGCUGGAUCAUUUAAGGCGGGUGACAUAGAUAAAUCGGAUAUCAAUAAAAUUGACACUAAAAAAGUACCAGCUAGAGGUACCGCAAAGACUUGUUACCGAUGCGGUAACAACAAACACUUGUCUUUUGCACCCGAAUGCCCUGCCAGGGACAAAAAAUGUUUGAAAUGUGGGAUUGUCGGACAUUUUAAAGACUACUGUAAAACUAGAAAACGGAAAUUUGAACACAAAAAAGAUGGAAAAUUUGAUAAAACAAAAAGGCAAAAGUUUGACAACCCACAAAAGGAUACCGAAGAAGUGGACUAUGUAUUCCAUCUAGAUGACGAUGAGGUUAUCAACUGUCAGGUCGGUGGUGUCACUAUUGAGAUGUUGAUAGACUCUGGGUGUAGAUGCAAUAUCAUUACUGAUGAAACGUGGGAAUAUUUAAAGAGCCAUAACGUGAAAACCUCAAACCAAAUCGCAAAUCCUGACAAGACAUUAGUGGCUUAUGGCAGUCAAACGCCGCUGGAGGUAACAGGGAGAUUCGAGGCACAGAUAUACAUUCGUGAUGCACUUGAAACAACGGCAACCCUAUAUGUCAUUCGAAAUGGGUCGCGUAACCUCAUGGGAAGGAUAACCGCAAAACAACUCGGCGUUCUUCAGACUGGCAUACCGGUUAACAACAUCAGUACAUUUCCUAAAUUCAAAGGUGUUAAAAUUCAAAUUCCAAUCGAUGAUAAGGUAAAACCGGUUAGCCAACCGUAUAGAAGGAUACCGAUACCUUUGGAAGAAAAAGUAAACUCAAAAUUGAUAGAACUCCAAGAAGCUGAUAUCAUCGAAGAGGUAAACGGGCCUUCGCAAUGGGUAUCGGCUAUGGUACCCGUGCUCAAGGAAAAUGGCGACCUUCGAAUUUGUAUCGACAUGAGGAGGGCUAAUGAAGCUAUUAUAAGGGAGAACCACCCUCUUCCUACGAUGGAUGAAUUGCUACCCCAUUUCAGACAAGCGAAAUUCUUUUCUCGGCUUGACAUAAAAAAUGCUUUUCAUCAACUAGAGAUUGACGAAGACAGCAGACACAUUACAACCUUCAGCACCAGUAAAGGAUUAUUUCGGUACAAAAGGUUAAUGUUUGGGGUGUCAUGCGCGCCGGAAAUGUUCCAAAAGGUGCUAGAGAAGAUGUUGUUAGGAUGUGAAGGUACUGCAAACUUCAUCGAUGACAUCAUUAUAUACGGAUCUGAUGAAAAAGAACACGAUACGCGGCUUAAGAAAGUCCUACAGGUGUUAAAAGACAACGACGUCCUGCUUAAUGAAUCCAAAUGCAUUUAUAAGACAGAUAAAAUUGAGUUCCUUGGCCAUGAACUCACUGCUAAAGGGGUAAAACCACUCGACAAAUAUAUCCAAGCCAUUCAGUCGGCGAAGAGACCAACCAAUGUUGAGGAGAUUCAAAGUCUUGGGGCCCUGCUGAUACAAAUAGGUCAAAAUGGUCCCCGUGUCAUAGCGUUCGGUAACAAGAGCCUAACCGACUGUGAGAAAAGAUAUUGCCAGACCGAGAAAGAGGCCUUGGCCCUAGUCUGGGCAGUCGAACAUUUUAAAACGUAUUUGUUCGGCAAAGAGUUUGAGAUUAUAAGCGACCACAAGCCCUUGGAAACCAUAUUUGGUCCCAGAUCUAAACCGUGCGCACGUAUUGAGCGCUGGGUUCUCCGCUUGCAGGCCUACAAAUACAAGGUGAUUUACCGGCCAGGCAAGGACAAUAUUGCCGACCCCAUUUCUCGGCUUUGCCAAUCAAUCAGUCCCAAACCGUUUGACAAUGAAAAUUAUAUUAAUGCGAUCGUACAAUACAGCAGGCCGACAGCAGUACCACUAAAAGAAAUUGAAGCCGUCUGUGCCACAGAUGAAGAAAUAAUGGCGCUUAAAAGUGGAAUGUAUGAAAACAAAUGGCAUGAAUCGGUCAGCGCUUAUAAAGCCUUCCAAACUGAGAUCUGUUUUCAAGGAAAUAUUCCUUUAAGAGGAAACAAAUUGAUUAUCCCCAAAGAACUUCGAGACAGAGUUCUGGAAGCUGCACAUCGAGGUCAUCCCGGUAUCGUAGCCAUGAAGACUCGUCUCAGAACUAAAGUGUGGUGGCCAAAGAUAGAUCGAGACGCUGAAAACAGAGUUAAGGCCUGUAAAGGAUGCACACUCGUUUCAGCACCUAACGCCCCACACCCUAUCAAGAGACGAGAGCUUCCAGUCGAACCCUGGAUCGAUGUUGCGGUUGACUUUUUAGGACCUCUGCCAUCAAACGAUUACAUACUGGUUCUCAUCGACUACUAUAGUCGCUACAAAGAAAUCAAGAUUAUGCGAAGUAUCACGGCUGUAGAUACAGUUAGGGUCCUAAAAGAAAUAUUCUCCCGUUUGGGAUAUCCUGCGACUCUGACAUGCGAUAAUGGUAAUCAGUUUACCAGCCAGACCUUCAAGACUUUCUGUAAGGAAUGCAACAUUGUAAUAUACAACACGAUUCCUUAUUGGCCGCAGAUGAACGGCGAAGUCGAACGCCAAAACAGAGAUGUACUUAAACGGCUGAAAAUCAGCCAAGUAGAGAAAAAGAACUGGAAAGAUGAUCUCCUAGAAUACCUAAUUAUGUACAACAGCACUCCACACUCCACCACAGGUAAAACACCUUCAGAACUCUUCUUCCGAAGGCAGUUCCGAGACAAAAUACCCACAGCGGCUGAUAUGGAGUGCAAAAUAUUCGAUUCAGAUGUAAGAGAUAGGGAUAAAGAAAAGAAAGAAAAGGGACGGGAAUAUACGGAUAGGAAGAGGAAAGCAGCAGACAGUAAUCUAGAAAUCGGUGAAAAGGUCUACGUCAAAAACCUAAUAAAAGAUAACAAACUUACUCCUAACUUUAAUCCUGAUUCGCGCACUGUUACAGACGUAAGCGGUGGUGAUGUUAGAGUAAGGAAUGACGCGACUGGAAAAGAAUAUCGCAGAAAUGUUGUUCACCUCAAGAAAGCUGAAACUGGUGAAUGGUCUGUUGUAAAUAAAAAUAGCGAAAGUGCACCCCUACCGGACCAAGAUCAAAAUGAAGAUUAA